GCGAACAGUUUGGACGUGUUUGCUGCGUCGCUCUGUGUAAUUGCGGGCGGAUUUCUCUAGUAAAUUUUUGCCGGCGCUUGUAAAUUCGCGAUAUUUUCGACGACGCUGCGUGCUUGUGUGUGUUUCAAACAACAAACAAAAGUUAAACAAGCUGGGCAACAACAGUAAUUGCAGCUAUGUGUGCGUCUGUGUUUGCGUGUGUUUGAGUGCGUGAGUGCGAGCGAAACACAAACGUAAAGCGGAAAUGCAAAAAAGACAACAAAGGUAGCAGAAAAGUAAAAAGUAAAAAGUAAAAGAGAGGAGCCGGUGCAGCCAGAAAGAGCAAGACAGCACGAGUGGGGGCUAAUGAAAACGAAAUGUGAUUCAUUGGCUUUAUCAAUUGUGCAAAAUUCCGGCAUUGUUUAGUCCUGGGCGACAAAUAAAUUAUGACAUAAUACAACAAAGGGCGAAAUAACAAGAAACUGGAGACGCAGCAAAGCACAAAAAAGCGUAAACCAAACAUCGCGGUGAACAGAGAAAUGAGAAAAUGCUCUUGCUAAUCGUAUUGACUGGAAGAGCGUGAAGAGCUCGCUAACGUUCCAAUAAUCGCAAAAAGAUAAAAAAAAAUCUAUAUAGUUAUAAUUACAAUCGCGGUUGGGCCUAAAAAAGGAGCCCCAGCCGGAAAGCGGUGACAACAAAAAAGUCGGAUUGCAAUGUGUUUGUUUUACAAUCGUCGCCUCUUUGUGAUUCAAUUGAUUGAGAUCCUACUGCUGCUGCUAACCGACCACAAUGGACGACUGACACUAACCAAGGAGUCGACAACAGUUGCUGCCGCCGUCGCCCAACCGAAGAACUCAACAGCACUCCAGCCAUAUCUGCAGAUCCAGAAGCACGCCGUCACAAGACUGACCAUCAGCAAGCCCCACUCCCCGUACUAUUUGCCAUGCAUACCCAUCCUAACGCCCUACAAUCACGAUCAGGACAACCAGCCCAUCUACUGCAGUUGGUAUCGAAAUGACGUGGUUGUCGAACAAGUAUCAUAUCGCAAAAAUGACUUCUUUAUCUAUGACAAUGGUACGCUGCGUCUGCCCACCAAUGAAAAGGCAAGCGGCGAAUAUUACUGCAAGAUCGAGUGGGAUGAGUCAGCGGUGAUAUCCGACAGAAUCACAGUCGAGUAUCCUGUGCUCAAGCGUUUAUUUCCUGGCCAACAGCAAGCGGCCAAUAUCAGUGCGUUGGAAAACAAACCGCUCGUGCUGAGCUGCCCCUUUCUGAGUGUUCCAGCUGCGCGUUUUAGCUGGUACUUUGGCAACGAUUCCCUGACCAAUGACAACAGUGCUCUCAUCCUGACCAAUGGCACCUUAAUAUUGAGGCAUUUGCGUCUCGAACAGGCGGGUAAAUAUAAGUGCGUGGCGCAGAACACAUUUGCCAGCAAGACGCACCGCCAGUUCAUUUGGCAACUGCAAGUGGAGCCGAAGGAUGCUACAUUUUAUCCCAAAAACGAGGCGGGAAUUACGGAGACAGCCGUUUCGGAGGCCCAACUACUGCCGGCGUUUCAGAAUGCAACGGUUUUUGUGCCCGCCGGCGGAUCCGUGCUGCUACAAUGCCACGCGGUGGCAGACUUUGUGCCAAUUGUGUGGUACCUCCAGCCGCCAAACAACAAGAUGGUUCGCCUGAGCAACAAUAGUGUAGCCUAUUCCAUCACGAAUGCUAGCAUAGCCCGGCAUGAAGGACGCUACAGUUGUAUAACCCCACUGGAAACGCAAAACUUUCAGGUGAUUGUGACAACACCUCCGAGGAUUGUGAGUCGCCUGCCCGUCGAGGUGGUGUAUAUUGGUCUCUCGCGAACACUAACCUGCCGGGCAGAGGGGCAUCCGGAACCGAGUAUUACCUGGUACCACAACGGCGUCCAUCUGAACAGCUCAUAUACACGCUACAUUAGCGGGAAUGAGUUGCACGUCCAUUCGUUUGACUCCAAGGAGGAGGGCAUCUACCAGUGUGUGGCCAGAAAUGUUGCUGGUGAGGAUUCGGCGACGGGUGAGCUGCGAUUCAACCGACAGCUCGAGGAGGUCAACCCACUGCAGAACAUACGCUGCUAUCCGCACAGCUUCCAUUCGAUCAACAUCACAUUUGACAGCCGCACCCUAACGUCAAUGUUCGUGGUGUAUAUUGUGAGGAACAAUCCCCACAGUUGGACCUCGUUUUCGCCCAUGAAGCUGAAUCAGACAUCCUACGUGGUGAUAUCCACUGAUUUGCCCGUUUACGAGCCCUUUGCCUUGAUCACCCGAGUAUUAUUUCCCACUACAGAGGUAAGGACAGGAACCUUGGUUCCCCAGCAAAUGAUUCUCAGCUCGUUAAGAAGUACACCAGUCACGUGCUGCACCCAAGGAUUAAUGCUUCGACCCAUUGCCGUGGGCAAUGACACGUUUGUUAAGUGGUCGCAGGGUCAGUUGGAGAACAAGAAGUACUUUAUCCUGCAGUUCUCGAUCAACCACACCCAUCCGCAUCCUGCGCAACUCUUAAAUGGAUCUCUACAAGGCACCCUGACUUCUGUUGAGGAAAAAGCUGACCAGGUGCGACACCAUCUGACCGAAAUCCAGCCUCUUAAUCAAUCUGCGGCAGCCACAGUGCUGAGAAAUGUGGAGCACGAGGACAACGUUGUCGACGACACUCUAGAACUGGAGGAUGACAUCUUUAGUCUAGUGGUAGAUGCCAGUGUAACCGGAAUCUUGUUGCAGCGAUUCACGCGCAUCAAAAUGAGAGUGUUGAUCAUCACCACCGAGAAUGAGUUCCUGGGCCAGGACUUUCGCUAUGUUCAGUGGAAGAUUAUCGAGAAUGGCACUUCGGAGCAGUCAAAUAUGCCCUUUCGUCUGGUCACCCGUGAGUCUCGGGCUUUGGCCUUUAAGUUUCUGGAUAGCCUCAAUGAGACUUGCGUGCUGGAGUGCCACACGGAGAUACAAGCACAAAUGUCAUUACCCAGUCAGGAUCCAAAGUGUCAGGAUCGAAAUAUUGCCAACUCGUUGCUGUUGGUCACAGGUCUUAAGCCAGACACUCGGUACAAUCUGCAUUUCUACAACUGCAAGACGCGUAUUUUCUAUGGCGACAUAGAUGAGAAGACCGAGCAGGAUCCUCCUGGUACCAUCAGCAAUUCAAAGUUGAUUAAACAAAAUGGCCUGAAAUUGAUGUGGGAGCCACCGAUUAAUCCCAAUGGUCGUGUUCAUCACUAUGAUAUCCGGUGGUCGUUGGACAAUGUAACGCACGAAGCUAUUGUUAAAGAGUGCACAAAAUGCUCAUAUAAGUUUCCAAAUGUCUCUGAGACGGCGAAAAUCCAUGUGGCAGUUCGCGUAAUGGGCGAUACUGGAGCAGGAGCUCCCAUGUACUUCGACAUGAUAAAUAAUAACCACACAUGGCUGAAGGAGGAAAGCGAAUCAUCGCAUUCGGAGGUUUACAGUGGGAUUGCCAUAGGCUCUUUGCUGUCAAUAGCAUGUGUCUUUCUCUUCGGGCUGUUUAUAAUUUUCCAGCAGCGCAACUUCAAGGCCCGCGCCCAGGGACCCACCCACCUGACCACACCGACUGAUAUUAAUUUCGGUAAUCUGAGCAGUGCCUCCGGGAUGCCGGGAGAUAGUGCCGGCGGUCUGAGUGGUGGAACAUUGCAGCAGGAUUGCCAUGAGAUGCAAACUCUCAUUCCGCGUUCACGGUACCACAUUGAAUUGCUACCGGAGCACAGUUUGGAAUACCAGACCAGCACGGCGGCCGUGGCAGUUGUUCAUCUGGCCAACGGCAAUGGGAGUGUCCAGGUGGCGAGGCGAUCGGAUCAAGAUGGAGCAGCUCAGGGGGACUUGGGCAUAGCCGGAGUGCACAACCUAUCGCAGUUGCCGCUGUGCGGAGUUGGAGGUACAUCGCCGGAGCGAAAGACCGUGCAGGAUGCCAUGUUGCAGGAAGCGAAAGCAUUCUAUAUACCCUAUAGGCAUACGCCACCCAACGCGGUGGCUUUGAGCAGCUCCAAACAGUGUGCGGUGCCCAGUGGCUCCGAACUGGAGGUGAUUGUACCGCCAAACUCGCUGCCAUUGGUCACCACUAUGCCUGGACUGGGUGUGGUCGGCGGCGGCGGCAGCGGAGGUGGAGGUGUAGGUGGCUCCAGUCGAAGGAGUGGGAGCCUGAGCAGCAGCAGUGCCAGCAGCAGCAGCAACGGCAGCAGUAAAAAACAGUUUCACACCAACUUCGUGCGCCACUCAAAUUCAAAUGAUGGGAUUUACCUGCUGGCCGAGGAGGAGGCGGCUGCCACCUUAACACCCACCUCGGAACGCGAAUAUGCGGCUGUAUGCCUCACCAAUGGUUUCAAACUGCCCGCCGAUGUGGCCAAAUCGGGGGGCGGCACGUAUAACACCACCAACAAUAACAAUAGCAGCACUAACACUAGCCAGAAAUCAGCAACUGCCAAGGAGCGUCAGCCGCGAGGCAAUGGCAAUCCGAUCUCGUUCAGCCACAAUGCAUGCAAAGUUCCUGCCAACGGACCGGCGUCCGUUAACGUAAACCAUUCGUCGGCGGUCAAGCAAUCUUGGCCAGCGGCGACAGUGGUCCAUCGACGAGCCCAGGUGGAUCCCAAUGGGUGAAGCAAGCAGUAUUUUUAUGAAGCUACAACAUAGAAGCAAGCAAAACAAAAUAAAACAAGAGAAAUAGAAAGGAGAUGGGCGAAAAGUUAUAUAGGAGAGAAAACCACAUUCACAGCUCGAAACAUUCCAAAAGAGUAGUGAUUACGCAGAUAAUGAUGAUAAUUAGAUCACUACGAUGAUUAGCAUUUAUAAAGAGUACAUUUUAUAAAUGUAAAUAUUUAGUAACUGAAACUAUGGAACUAUGGGAGAAAUGAUUAAUUAAGCUAAUAUUUAUACACAUGUAUCUACAUAUGUACACUCGUAUACAGAACACGUACGCUAAGUUGUAUGCUAUACUUUUGUCGCGAUUCAACGUUUUUACCGUACUUUUGUAUUUGUAUUUGUUUAGUUUUUGUUUGUUUUUUUCGUUAAUUGAGGCUCAUUUUUACAUGUAACUUUUUCUUACACAUAAACAUAAUUUAUUGUUGCUUUCGAUGCAAACACAAACAUAGCACAUGCACACCGAAAUACAUAAGUACAUAUAUACAUAGCAAUAGACCGCGCAGCCCGCAAGUAUGCAUUACAAUAUUUGUCGCUGAUAAUUACUACGUUUAACAAUUGCUUCGUAAUUGCCGCAAAAAAUUCAAUUACACUCAAAUAGAAUAAAUAUACGCAAACAGAACAGCCAAAAAACCACAAAUACUGCAAUAGCCCACACUCAACCAACAUACUAUCCAACCACUCAAAUGCCACUCAACCACAAUAGUCACAAGUGUUCACAUCGAUUCCGAUUUAAAACGUAAUCUAUUCAAUAAUAUUUGUAAUUUUAUUUUAUUUAUAUUUGUAGUCCUUUUUUAAGCGAAAUGUUUAAUGCUUAAUUUCCGCAUAUUUACUGCUGCAUUUUGUUUUGUUUACACAACCGAUAUAUCAAAUGUACCUGAUUAUAUUCAUUUUGCAUUUUUGUUUUUGUGCUCUCUCUCGGUCUCACCACACACACACACACACACACACUUUCCCUUUGAAAGAGGAACAAUUCCAAUUUGUGCACACAUCCACAUUGCAUAACUCUAUAAUAAGCCACAUAAUCCAUCGCAUUGCUGCCGAAUAUUAUAAAUUCACCAACCGUACCUCGACAUCAAAGCUACGCCAAACGAGAAACGACACAAACCGAGCUGCUGCUGCUGCCCUUCCACUGAUAUUAUUUUAGAUAGGAAUUGGAAAGUAGUUGAAUCAGUAGCCAACACAACGAACUGUGAACUGUUGUUCUGUGUGAAACGAGAUGCGAAAAUUGUUACGAGAUUCAGAGACAGAAACACAACCAUGCACACACUUACCCCCCAAAAAAAAAACCUAACCAUAGAAUAUACAUUCCACUGGCGUAUGCAAGUCGCAGAUACAUUGUACACACACACAUAUGACACCAAUUGGAGAUACGUUUUUAAAUGACUAAAACGAGUACGAGAAAAUAGAUAAAAUACAUAUAUUCAAUGUGAACGAAGUGUGUUUGAAAACUGUAACUGUAACUGUAUACGUAUUUAGAGUCUAAGUGCAAUACCAACAAAUAAUUAAAUAGCAAAAGGUAACCUUUAAGAUCCCUGAGGCAGAACAAAACCAACAACUAUAAACAAUAGUACCUUUCCACUCAACCAGAAGCAAUGUUCAAAGUAGACUCACCUCGAACCCAGUUAGUUGCGACUUAGACCAUCCGUAAAUAAACAAUCUGAUUUGUGUUCAAGCGGAAUAAAGUCGCAGACUUUGAACUUUCGAACUUCACCGAAAGGAGUUACCAGUUUGUAUAGCCGAAUAAUUUUACAAUUAACAAAACCAAUGUGCAUGCAAAACACAAAAGCCACAAAAUGAACUUUAACCUACGAAAAGCAUUUAAAUAAAUACACACAAAAUAUAUUCCGAAAGAAAAACUCAAAAUUCCUAACUAAAUAAGGAGAAAAACAAAUAGAAUGAAUCGAAUGAAGGAAAAAUCCAUUUUAAACGUUGCGAACAUUAAGAAAACCAAAAUUAACUAAACUAUUACAUAUAUGCGUCAAAAGGCAAGAAGAAAAUUUAUGUACUAAAGUUAUAGAAUUAGGCGUAAGAAAUCCAUAUAAAUGUACGUGUUUGGAAAAAUCGAGUAAAAAACGAUGCGGAGAACUGGAGAAAAAAUAAGUAAAAUAGCUGCGAUUGUGAUCGCCGUGUAAGUGGAUGUGAUAAAUGUUUAAAUUAUUUAAGCGCAAAAACAAUAAAGAGAUACAGAAAAAUAAUUAUUAGGAAGACAAAGAUAGAAAUGCGUAUUGCGACUUUUGCAACGGUUUUUGGCCAACGGAAACCACUCUAACUAAGAGUCCACUAAAAUUGUAAGCAAACAAUGUUUAUGUUCUUAUCUUUGGCGAAACUGCUGCUCUCCUAGCACACUCUCUACUAAGUCUACGCAUUUAAACGUAAAAUAAGUUAUGCGUAUAUUUUUAUUUUUGUAAUUUUAGUUCGCAUUUAAGUCCACAUUUUGUAUACCUCAUUAGUAGAGUGGCGAACAACUAAAUUUUGUAAACAUGUAAAGGCUUGGUUUCUUCGUUUUACAAUCAGAGCGGAAUAUUUGAACUAUUCAUAAUUGAACAAACGAAAACAAAAAUAACUAAUGUAUUUUUUAUGCAAUUUAUAUAUGCAUUGUACAUGCAAGCGAAAUUAAUUAUUUCAAGCAACUAAGCUGCCAACGAUUCGUGUUAAAGAUUUCGAUGCAAGUUAAUUGGCCACUAACAACCAACCAGGCCAACAAACAGGACACUGAAUAUUGGCACGGCUAAAGAGUCUAAGAUUAAUAAUUAAGAAGCGCGGUGUUUGUUUAGAGAAUACAAAGAUAUGGCAAAGAAGAAUGAACGCAACCUUAACUAUUGGAAAAUAUACUAAAAAAUAAGUUAUGAUGGAAAACAU